CACACGCCCGCGAACCCCGCGGCGCGCGCCGUAGCGGGCGGAGGGGCGGGACCCGGGACCAGAGAAACGAAACCGCGCAGACCCGCCGCGUCGGGGACGCAGGAGCCGCGCAGAUCUGCGGGGGCAUAUGCCAGCCUCAGGAAACACCCUCCCUCCCUGGCGGUAUGCAGUGUCCUUCCUGCCAGCACCUCUCCAAAGACGUAGCUGCGAAGUUCUGCAGCCAAUGUGGACACAAGCUGCUUCCUGCAGCCCCUGGCGCAGCUUCUGAGAACAAGCUCACGGCGCCCUCGGCCCCGGAGGGAGGCACGGAAUGCGGACGGGAGCUGAUGGACAGUAGCCCUUUCUCGUCCCUGGGCCCAGGCAACGGGCAAGAAAACCCAGAUGAGCACUGUUCGGACGCCUCCUUGCAGAUCCAGAAAGGAGCUGCCUCAGAGGGUUUUAUGGAUGCUGCAGACGGUACAUCCCACGAGCUAGAGGCUGCUAGCCCCUCUGCAAGCAAAAGAAGGAAAGAGGAUGCAGCCCUGACCAAGGUCUCGGACGCGAGCUCUCCAGACCCCAAGCAGAGCAAAAGGAGGAAAAGGAGGAAAAGGAGGAAAAGGAAGAAAAGGCGUCGGAGCGCCCCCACGUCCGCAGAGCCGGCUUCCUUGUCCCCAUCCUCCUCGGGCCCCUGUGGCCCGAGUGCCCUUGCAGACUCUGGGCUCCAGGACACAGCCCCACCCCACAGCCCAGCUCAGCAGGGCAGCACCCCCCACCUGCCCAGCCAGCCCCCGAGGCGGGACAAGAUGCCGCUGGAGGCUGGUGGCCGCCCUCUGCGGGGCCAGACGGCGGGAGGGGCAGAAGCAGCCGUGGGCACCCGGUCUCCUGGCACCCUGGCCCCCCUGGAGGGGCAGGAGCACCACUCCCCCAGCACCCCCAGAGGCAAAGGCCUUCCCACUCCUGCCAGUGAAGGCCAUCCCGGGGCGAGAGAUGCUGCCCAGGAGCUCCUGCUGCCUGAGCCCAAGGGGGACCAUUCCAAGCCCAGGAAAGUGCCGCAGACCGCUGGGCAGCAGGCCAAGGCCCCUGCCUCCAGGGCAAACGGUGCUGCAGCUGAGCCAGCUGGUCCAGAGAAGGGACCCGGAAAAGAAGUUAAAGAUCAGACUAAGGAAACGAAACAGCCUCGCGCAAGUGUCCCUGCUUCCCGGCACCACCGCCAGGAAACUCAAACCAAGGACCAGACGGCUGUGCCUGGAAGAAAAGCAGGUGAAAAUGAGAAAGCCAGCUUGAAGCCGAAGAAGGAGCCCAAGAAGCCAGAGGAGAAUAACAAAAAUAAUGCAGCUGCUGAGAAAAAUGUGAAGGAGCAGAGAAACGAGAGGGUGGGCGAGCUCAGCCCUAAGGAGAGCCCGCUGAGCUCCGAGGAAGGAAUCACGGUGUACUUCCAUGCAAUCAUUUCUAAACAUUUUGAGUUCAACCCCAGCCAACACCACGUGUUUGUCAGGGGCGGAGAAGAAUUCGGGAAGCCCAAAUGGAAGAGGAAUGUCUGCGAGAUGUACUACACCAGAGACUUGCACGAGUUCGGGUCCCUGGUUGAAGGCAGCGCCGUUAUUGCCAGGCAGCACCUGAACAAGCCCAUUCCUUACAAGUACGUUGUCGAGAAAGGCAAGGGCGCUGUGGAGUAUGAGUUCAUCUACAAGCCGCAGCAGAAGGAAGGCGAGCCCGUGAACCGCUGCCUGCAAGUGAAAUCCUCCCUGCUGGGCUCGGGAGACUGGCAUCAAUACGAUGAUAUAAUUUGUAUGAACCCGCCCGGGGCGUGGCAGACAUUUAAGGACCGUUUCACAGACGGUAUCAGGAAAGACCUGGUGAAAGGGAAGCAAACUGCGGCUGCCAUCAUGCUGGACAGCAUCUUCAGCGUCCUUGAGACUUGGAAUGCCAUCAAUUUAAAGAGCUUUUUCACCCAGUUUCAGCAGUUUUACUCUGUGAUCCGGGUACCCAUGAUCUAUGAAGGAAAAGCGCAGCCAUGGAGCACUCUGGAGUAUGAAGAGAAGGAGGUGAAGAAGCACCUGUGGGAGUGUUUAACGAAGAAAAUGGAACCAUUUCUGAAAACAAGCGGGGACGCCCUGCCGAAAGACUGCCCAGUGAGGAGUAAACUGAGGAUGGGCCUGAUUGUCCUUUUCUCUGUGGAAAAAUUUCAUAUUCCCUUAUCGGAAAGUGACCUGACCUCACUUUGUCACCUCCUUUGCUCGGACCCCAGUUCACCUCAUGACCUCCACACUGACCUGAUCCACAUCCUUGAAAUUCCGCACAGCUGGCGAAAUUCCUUGGUAGACCUGUGCCAAAGGUGCAUGGACAGAGAGGUGGACCUCUGGGUGUGCACCCUGCCUGUGCUGCACCUCUGCAUGGAGCCGUCCCCGCCGACCAAGGACGCCGGCAUGCAGCCCGAGGACACCUGGGCGGCCCUCGAAGGCAUCUCCUUCUCGGAGUUUCGGGAAAAAAGAUCGGAUCGGAAACAGUUGGUGCAGCUCAUGGGAAAGAACAGACACUUGCUGAGUGUGGAUGCGCGUCUGUUCUGCUCCUGGUUCAGCCUGCUCCCUCUGAGGACGCUGGUUUGCUACAUGACAGGGUGCAGUGAAUACCUGAGUCGCUUUCCCUCUCGCGUCCUGGACUGUCUUCUGGGGACUUGCUACCGGCUGCAAGAGCUCAAGGGCCCCCUCACGAACCUGGAGACUAUCAAGAGUAUUUUACAAAAGCUUUUGUUCCUCCUGGAUACUUAUCAGGACAAGAUGCUUGAGGAGCCCUUGAUACAGUCCUACUUGACUGUGUGCCUGAAACUCCAUGAAACUACCUGCAGAAUUACAAAAGACCACACGUUUUAUGAGCUGCCCGCCUUAUCUGCUGAGAUUGUUUGCAGAAUUAUUAUACUUAAACCGCUAGUGGAUUCGGCAGGAGGGCAGCACAGUGAAGCUGGAGAGAAGGAUUCAGUAGCAGCGGUCUUCCAGGGGACUCUCGCCGCUACCAGAUCAUGGUUUCAGAGAGUUUUUCAGAAUCACGUGUUCCAGACUGGGGUCUCGUCAUCUAAUGUCAGGUUCACGUACCCCGAGGAGAUUAAGAUCUGGAGGCGGCUGGUGGAAAUACCCUUCCCCGUGGAGCUCGGCUGGAAGGAAACGCUGCUGGGGGACAUGGAAGGGAGGCUCAAACAGGAGAGGCCUCUCUCCCAGAUCUUCGCCUUCAGCAGCACCACCUGGGAUGCCGAGGGCGCGGAAGACAGUGUGUCGAAAUGCUUCGAGAAGUGCGCCAUCGAAGCCGUGAGCUUGGUCUGCCGGUCUCAGACCAGUCUCCUCGAGAAAAUCUCUUGUAAAGACCUGUGGAAAUGCGGCACCCUGGUGUCUGCUGUGAUCAGCAAGUCUUGGCCGAGAAGUAGAGGGCAAGUUGUACAUGACUUGGGUGAGGUUUUGAAACACCUGCUCACAUGGCCAGACAUCAAGCAGCUCUUCCACUUGUGUGGAACCAACGAGAAAAUAUUAGCACAUAUCACCGAGGAAGGCAAGAAGCUCAUGGGCAUUGCAGACUCUGUGUUCGCCGGAGUGACCGGGGACCUCAUCAACGGAACCAUCUUGGUGGGACACCUGGAGCUGAUCGUAAAACACGUGGAUCAGUUCCUCAGCAUCUGGCAGUUAAAGAGUGAAAAAAGCCUUUCAACCCAGGAGAAAAGCAUGAAGGAAGUGCUGAGUCGGAGGAAGAAUGAGCUCUUGGUUCUGAAGACGGAGAAAACCCACGUGGACUCCCUCCUGAGGGCGUUCCGGCGGGUGAAGGACCUGGUAGAAGUGGAUUUUGCCGAGAUUGAAAAAAGGCACUCGGAAGACCUGGACGGGAAGAGGCUAAACGACGUCAUGACGGUGGGCUCGUCCGCCACCUCCCCGGACCCGCCGGGGACAACACACUAUAACCUGAGCCCCGAAGUCCAGGAAAUGGCCAAAACCACAGACUUGCUCAAGGAGAGCCACACCUUCCGGAUGUUCUGGGCACAAGUCGCCAAGGAGCUGAGUGAGGCAGAGGCGAUGGAGGGGCAACUACUGCAGCCAGAAGAGGCAUACGAAGAUUUGUAUCGUCCUUGUUUCGAAAGGUUUUCGAAGCUGUACCAGGAUCUGAAGUCAGGAGAGGUCACCUUUGGGGAGGUGGAAGAUGUCUUCAAGGACUUUGUGAAUAAAUACAGCGACUUAACGAAGGAACUCCGGACCAUGUGUUCCCUGCACCUCGGUGACCCGAAGGACUGGGUCAGGGAGCGCGUCCGGCAGAUCGAGGAGUACCACGACCUGCACCACGCUGUCCAGGCAGCCGGGGUCAUCGCGGCUGUCAAGGAGGACUUGGGUCUGACUGGCGACUUCAACGUUCUCCACACUUUACUGAGCUUUACUGUCUUUGACGAGUUUCGCCACGAGAAACUGAACCGGAUCAGCCAGCAGCUCAUCCGUGCCAAAAAGCUGCUGCAGGACAUCAGCGAGCCCCGGUGCCAGUGUCUGAAGGAGCUGUCGCUGAGGAAGGAGUUUGUCGGCUGGGUCCAGGAGGCUCUUGGAGGCAUCACCGAGCUGAAGGUGUUUGUGGACCUGGCCUCCAUCUCCGCGGGCGAGAAUGACAUCGACGUGGACCGGGUGGCUUGCUUCCACGACGCCGUGCAGGGCUACGCACCCCUCCUCUAUGAUCUGGACACGAAUGCGGGCUUUGAUGAGUUCAUGCAGCGCCUGAAAGAGCUGUGGAAGGCUCUGGAUAAUGACCAGAACCUGCCCAGGAAACUGUGUGACUCUGCCCGGAACCUGGAGUGGCUGAAGACAGUGAAGGAGAGUCACGGGUCUGUGGAGCUCUCGUCCCUGUCUCUGGCCACAGCCAUCAACAAAGGAGGCAUCUAUGUGAUCGAGGCUCCCACGGAUGGCCAGAAGCUCUCCCCAGACACGGUUCUGUGUUUAACCCUCCCCGCGGGCCUCGGAGGCCGUGAGGCCGAGAGAGACUACUCUUUGGAGGAGCUGAAGGAGCUUUUGAACAAACUGAUGCUGAUGUCCGGCAAGAAAGACCACAGCAGUGUGGAGGUCGUGGAGGUGUUUUCUGAGGUGUUUUGCAAUGUGCAGAGGCUCGUCCAGUCCUUUAUAAACCUUUACUCUGCGGGGAACGUGCUCUUCAGGGCCUGGACGGCCAGGGUGUACUGCUGCCCCCAGAACGGUGUCUCCGUCCGCAUGGACUUCCGCCUGGGGCUGGUGAGCCAGCUCGUGGGCAGCGGGCCGGUUGCCGAGCUGCUGGAGGCCCUGUGCCGGCAGAUGGAGGACUUCCUGCGCCAGUGGGAGAGAUUCGUGGCAGAGAAGCGGGCAGAGCACUUUUACCUCAACUACUACACAGCCGAGCAGCUGGUUUACCUGGGCUCGGAGCUCAUGAAGCGGGAGCCCAGCGCUGCCGCCCUCACCAUGCUCUCCUUCAUCAAAGGCAACUGCACCACGAGGGACGUCUCGGAGGCCUGCAGGGAGCCCGACAGUGGGGCCACGGGACACCAGGCAAGUAGGCUGGUUAAAGAAUUGCCCCUGCGGCUCUUCUCUGAGUCCGGACUGGCGGACAAGCUGAAGAUCAUCAUGGAGCAGUCGAUGGCGUGCGCGCGUGCCUUCCAGCCUCACUGCCUGGACCUGGAGGCCCUGGGCCGCUGUCUGGCCCGCCUGGCGCGCAUGGCCGGGCCCCCCGUGCAGCGGGAGCUGCCCAGGGGCCUGCAGGGCGGCCAGCCCAACCUCGUCGUCUGCGGCCAUUCCGAUGUGCUGCUGGCCGCCCUGGCCAUCUACAUGCAGACCCCAACCCAGCCCCUGCCCACCUACAGCGAGGUGCUGCUCUGCACCCCAGAAACCGGGUUCGAGGAGGUGGCGCUGCUCCUGCGCCGCUGCCUGACCCCAGGCUCCCUGGGGGACGGGGUCUACUGCCUGCUGUUCGCAGACCAGCUGAGCUACGAGGUGGCCUGCCGGGCCGAGGCGCUCUUCCUGGACCUGUGCACGCAGCGCCACCGGGAGGACUACCGGCUCGUCAUGGUCUGUGACUGCGAGCGCGAGCACUGCUAUCUCCCCUCGGCCUUCAGCCAGCACAAGGUCCUCGUCACCCCCCAGGCGCCCCUCAAGGACGUCCAGGCCUACCUGGCUUACCACUUCCAGGUCCCAGAGCAGACCCCGUCAGCCGCCGCCGUGUUCCAGGACCGGAUGUGUGUUGGGGUCGUGGCCUCGGAGAGAGCGGGUGUCGGCAAGUCUCUCUUCGUGAAGAGGUUGCACAGCCGGCUGAAAAGGCAGUCUAAAGGAGACGUGCCUCUAAAAAUCAUUCGACUGAUCGACCCUCAGGUGGAUGAGCGUGAAGUCCUGCGCUCCCUGCUGCCUUUCCUGGAUGCCCAGCAUCAGAUGAGACCCGUGAUAUUCCACUUGGACGUGACCUCGUCAGUGCGGACUGGAGUUGGGAUGUUUCUUUUCAAACUCCUCAUUCUUCAGUACUUAAUGGACAUAAAUGGGAAGAUGUGGCUUCGGAACCCGUGUCAUUUAUAUGUCGUUGAAAUCCUGGAAAGGAGUUCCGCCCUGCCUCGGAGGCCCUCGAAGCUGGGUCCACAUGUCCCCCAGUUCAGUUUUCUAGAUAUCUUCCCUAAAGUCACCUGCAGGCCUCCCAAGGAAGUGAUCAACAUGGAGCUGGACCCUCAGCGCAGGUACAGAGAGCCAGGAAUGGAUGAGCGGGUGUUCUGCAGUGAAACGUUCCAGAGACCCUACCAGUACCUACGGCGGUUCCAUCAGAAAGAGAACCUCGACCUGUUCCGGUACCAGGAGGGCUCCGUUGAGGGGAGCCCUGGCGAAUGCAUCCAGCAUCUCCUGUUCUACUGCGGGGUGCUCGACCCAUCCUGGUCAGAGCUUCAGAACUUUGCUCGGUUCCUGAACUACCAGCUCCGAGACUGCGAGGCCUCUGUGUUCUGCGACCCUGGCUUCGUGGGCGACACGCUGGUGGGCUUCAAGAACUUCGUGGUCGCCUUCAUGAUCUUCAUGGCGCGGGAUUUCGCCACACCCACGCUGCACACGUCCGACCAGAGCCCCGGGAACUACGCGGUCCCUGCGGACGGGGUCAAGGAAGAAGAUCUCGCCCCUUUCUCUCUCCGGAAGAGGUGGGAGUCGGAGCCCCACCCGUACGUGUUCUUCAACGGCGACCACAUGUCCAUGACAUUCAUAGGCUUCCACUUCCAGACCAACCAGAAGGGCUUCGUUGAUGCCAUCAACCCCGCAAGCAGAGAGGUCAUCAUGGGAGACGUCAUGACGGCGCAGCUGCACCAGGGGCUGCUGCUGCAGAAGGUGCCCUUCAACGUUGACUUUGACCAGCUGCCCCGACACGAGAAGCUUGCCCGGCUGUGCCUGGCCCUGGGGAUCCAGUGGCCCACUGACCCCGACGACACCUACGAGCUGACGACGGACAACAUGCUGAAGAUCCUUGCCAUCGAGAUGCGCUUCCGCUGUGGCAUCCCCGUCAUCAUCAUGGGGGAGACGGGCUGCGGCAAGACCAGGCUCAUCCGCUUCCUCAGCGACCUGCGGCGGGGCGGCGCCAACACGGACACCGUGAAGCUGGUCAAGGUCCACGGGGGGACCACCGCCGACAUGAUCUACUCCAAGGUCAGGGAGGCGGAGGAGCUGGCCCGCUUCAACAGGGAGCAGCACAAGCUGGACACCAUCCUGUUCUUCGACGAGGCCAACACCACGGAGGCCAUAAGCUGCAUCAAAGAGGUCCUGUGCGACCGCAUGGCGGGGGGCCGGCCCCUGGCCAAGGACUCCGGCUUGCACAUCAUAGCAGCCUGCAACCCUUACCGGAAGCACAGCCGGGAGAUGAUCUGCCGGCUGGAGUCCGCCGGCUUGGGGUACAGGGUUCGCGCAGAGGAUUCGGCCGAGAGGCUCGGCUCCAUUCCCCUGAGGCAGCUCGUGUACCGCGUCCACGCCCUGCCGCCGAGCCUGAUCCCCCUGGUGUGGGACUUCGGACAGCUGAGCGUCUCCACGGAGAAGCUCUACAUCCAGCAGAUCGUCCAGAGGCUGGUGAGCUCCAUCAUCAUGGUUCAGGGGGAGGCGCGGGUGGUCACCGACGUGCUUUCGGCCUCUCAGGGCUUCAUGAGGGCGAGGAAGGACGAGUGCGGCUUCGUCAGCCUCCGGGACGUGGAGCGCUGCGUGAAGGUCUUCAAGUGGUUUUAUGAGCACAGCGGCCUGCUCCUGUCGAAGCUGGGCGCGGUCGGCGAUCGCGGCGUUGAGAGGGACCCCGUCCUCUGGUCCCUGGUGCUGGCCGUCGGGGUGUGUUACCACGCCUCCUUAGAGACGAAGGAGUCUUACCGCGAAGCCGUUUGCGGGCUCUUCCCGGAACCGUACAACGACAGCAGGGUCAUCCUGGACGAGCUCACGCGCACCCAGGACCUGUUCCUGAGCGGCGUGCCCCUGAGGAAGACCAUCGCCAAGAACUUGGCUUUGAAGGAGAACGUCUUCAUGAUGGUUGUCUGCAUCGAGCUCAAGAUCCCGCUCUUCCUGGUGGGCAAGCCCGGCAGCUCCAAAUCCCUCGCCAAGACCAUCGUGGCCGAUGCCAUGCAAGGCCAGGCCGCGCACUCGGACCUCUUCCGGCGCCUGAAGCAGGUCCAUCUGGUGUCGUUCCAGUGCAGCCCGCACUCCACCCCCCAGGGCAUCAUAGGGACCUUCAGGCAGUGUGCCCGCUUCCAGCAGGGGAAGGACCUGGAGCGGUACGUCUCCGUGGUGGUGUUAGAUGAGGUCGGGCUGGCGGAGGACUCGCCCAAGAUGCCCCUGAAGGCUCUGCACCCGCUGCUGGAAGACGGCUGCAUCGAAGACGAUCCCGCCCCCCACAAAAAAGUGGGCUUCGUGGGCAUUUCCAACUGGGCCCUGGACCCUGCCAAGAUGAACCGGGGCAUCUUCGUGUCGCGCGGCAGCCCCAACGAGAGAGAGCUCAUUGAGAGCGCCAGGGGCAUUUGCGCCUCCGAGCCGCUGGUCCAGGAGAGGAUCCAGGGCUACUUUGCAGCCUUCGCCAAGGCCUACGAAACAGUGUGUGAGAGCCAGGACAAGGAGUUCUUCGGGCUCCGUGACUACUACAGCCUCAUCAAAAUGGUCUUUGCCGCGGCGAAGGCUUCUAACCGGGAGCCUUCCUCUGAGGACAUCGCACGAGCCGUCCUUCGGAACUUCAGCGGCAAAGACGACAUCCACGCUCUGGCCAUCUUUGCGGCCAACUUACCCGAGGCCAAGUGCGCAGAGGACGUCAGCACCAUGGAGCUGAUCCGGCAGAACAUGUACGGGGACCUUCCGAGGGCUCCUGGCCCAGAGCUGGAUGGCGCCGAGUCCCGCUACCUGCUCGUGCUCACCAGGAACUACGUGGCCCUGCAGAUCCUGCAGCAGGCCUUCUUCACCGACGACCUGCCAGAGAUCAUCUUUGGGUCCAGUUUUCCCAAGGACCAGGAGUACACCCAAAUCUGCCGAAACAUCAACCGCGUGAAGAUCUGCAUGGAAACCGGCAGGAUGGUGGUGCUGCUGAACCUGCAGAACCUCUACGAGAGCCUGUACGACGCCCUCAAUCAGUACUACGUCUACCUCGGCGGCCAGAAGUACGUGGACCUCGGGCUGGGGACCCAUCGGGUCAAGUGUCGGGUCCACCCGGACUUCCGCCUGAUCGUCAUCGAGGAGAAGGACGUCGUCUACCAGCGCUUUCCCAUCCCCCUCAUCAACCGGCUGGAGAAGCACUAUCUGGACAUCCACACCGUGCUGGAGGGGUGGCAGAAGGCCGUCAUGGAGGACCUCAAGGCCUGGGUGGAGAAGUUCAUCCACGUGAAGGCAGAGCAGUUUCUAGCUCGACCCAGGUACAGCCCUUCCGACGUCUUCAUCGGCUACCACUCGGACACGUGCGCCUCUGUGGUGCUCCAGGCCGUCAAGCGGCGAGGGCCCAGGGCCCUGACGGAGGAGCUGUACCAGGAGGUACUUGACCAGGCCAAGCUGGCACUGCUGGAUUGUGCCACACCGGACGCCGUGGUUCGGCUGAACGCCUCCUCACUAGGCGGGUUCACUGCAAAGUGCCUGUCCCAGGAAUACUAUCACAGGCAGCAGCACGACUCCUUUGCAGACUUCCUCCAGGCUCAGCUGCGCCCGAAGGGUCAGGGACGCCGUGCCGUCUUCACAGAGGUCACCACCUUCUCCAGACUGCUCACCAGUCAUGACCUUGAACUUAUAGAAUCGGAGCUAAGGGACAGGGCUCUGAAGCUCACGGUCCUGUCCCUGCAGCAGUUUGACACCGAGUACGCGUUCCUCAAGGACGUCCGAAACUGCUUAACUCACCCAGCCGAUUCUAAAAUCCUCAUUAUUCAGACCGAUUUUGAAGACGGGGUUCACAGUGCCCAGCUCAUCGCCUCAGCAAAGUAUUCUGCUAUAAAUGAAAUCAAUAAGAUGCAAGGAAAUAAGGACAGUAUCUUCGUCUAUUUCAUCACCAAACUGUCCCGGAUGGCAAGUGGCACGUCCUAUGUGGGAUUCCAUGGAGGGCUGUGGCAGUCUGUGCACAUCGACGACCUCCGGAGGUCCACAAUCAUGGUCUCAGACGUGACUAAGCUGCAGGGUGUGGCCAUCAGCCAGCUGUUUAAACCAGAAGAUGCGCCAGAGUUGGAAGCGGGGUGUGGAGCCCAAGACAGUGAUGAGGAGCUGAUGGAAACAGAAGCGGUCAGUUCAGGAGAAGCAGCAGAGGCGGACAUGGAGACGGAAAGUUCUAAGGCGACGGACAGCCCAACCUCCGAGCCGGGAAGUAGUGCACAGAUUCUGGACACCACCAGGCUGCUGAGGAGCUGCAUCCAGGGCGCCGUGGGCAAGCUCCGGGACCAGAACGCGGGCUUUGAGCGCAGCAUGCAGCGGGUGUCCAUUCUGCUCAGCCUCCUGGACACGGACAGCACGCACACAGCUGCCUUCUUAGCGGUCGCGAAGAUGCGGCUUUACGUCCUUCUGAAGAAGCAGGAAGAGAGCUCCCCAUUCAGUGUGGGGGAGUGGGUGGUGAGGGAAGCCUCCAAUCAGGACGCCCUGCAGGAGGCCGGCACGUUCAGGCACACCCUCUGGAAGCGGGUCCAGAGCACCGUGACCCCGCUCCUGGCAAGCAUGAUCUCUUUCAUCGACAGAGAUGGCAACCUGGAGCUGCUGGCCAACCCGGAUGCUCCAUCCUGGGCCAGAGAUCUUUGGAUGUUUAUUUUCAGUGAUAUUAAGCUUCUGAACAUUCCCGUUGUGGCCAGUGAUGCCAGGUCCAGAGGGGAGGUGGCCUACGUCACGGUGCAGAAUGACAUGAACCGCCUGGAGGACUCGGCCAACAGUGUCCCGUUCAGCUGGCGGAUCAAGGAGUAUCUGGAGGACCUGUGGAUCCACACCCAGUACAUCAGAGCAGAUGAGGGCCCGGCUGAGAAGUUGGUGGAGCUCUUUCAUCAGACGCCGCUGGGCAGGUUUCUUGCUCAGCUCCCUGCCCACCAGAGGCAGGAACUUCUUCAGGGCUACCUGCGGGAUUUCCUUCUGCUGACCACCAGGGUGUCCACCCAGGAGGAGUUAGAGGUUCUGCAGAUGGCUCUGUGGUCCUGCAUCCAUCAGCUGAAGGCGAAAUGGCCAGAGGAGGAGGUCUCCCUGCCCUCUGUGCACCUGGCCCACCACCAUUUCCGGAGCCGCCUACAGAACUUCUCCAGAAUCUUGGCUAUUCAUCCCCCAGUUGUCCAGAGCCUUCUGAAAGGCACACAAAACCACAGCUGGGCUGGACGUGAGAUGGCUCUGGACGCGCUGGCGGCGCUGGCCUGCGUGGAGAUGCUGACGGGGGAGCUCCUGGAGCCCAGGCCCCAGGCGUGGCAGGCUUGGUUGCAGACCGUGAAGAACCUGUCCAUGCCGCUGGAGCUCCUCUGCUCGGACGGGUACACACAGGACAGCGGCAAGAUGACCAGGGCUGUCAUCAGGGACAUCAGAACCCACUGGAGUCGCCUUUUCUCCGUCUCGCUCUUUGUGGAGCACGUGCUCCUGGGGACCAAGAGCCAGAUUCCCGAGCUGCUCAAGCUGGUGACCUCGUACGUCUCCUUGCUGAACAAGUGCCUGGAAGAGGACGCUGACCUCAAGACCCACAGGCCUUUUGUCGCGGUGAUGACAGCUCUUCGUAAAUGUAAGGACCAGGCCAGUGUGAGCUUCACCAGGCCUGGGGUUCGGCCGUGCCCCGUCUGCCUGGGAGACGCACAGGAUCCCGUCUGCCUGCCCUGUGACUGUGUGUUCUGCCUGCGCUGCCUCAGAGCCCGGCUCACGCUGGGGCAGAUGAGCUGCCCCCGCUGUGUCAUUGACUUGCCGGACGACUUCUCCCUGACUGUCUCCCAAGAGCACAGGGAGAUCAUCAGGAAACACGCCUGCUUCCGGCAGAUGUGCAAUAGUUUCUUCGUGGACCUCGUUUCCACCAUGUGCUUCAAGGACAAUUCUCCACCGGAGAAGCGUGUGGUCGAAGAUCUGCUGUCUUUACUCUUUGUAGAAAAGGAGCUCCUGCGAGAGUCUUCCCAGCGAUCCCGCGAACACACAAAAUCUCUCUCUCCUUUUGAUGACGUUGUGGAUAAGACCCCUGUCAUCCGCUCAGUGGUACUGAAGCUGCUUUUGAAGUACAGCUUCCGCGAUGUGAAAGAUUAUAUUCAGGCCUAUUUGUCCCAGUUGGAGAUGAAACCGUUCCUGGCUAAAGAUAAAGGGGCGCUCUACAUACUCUUCAGCAGCUGCCUCGAGGACUCCAUACGGGAGAAGAACAGUGCUUUCUCCAUAGCGGAUGAGUGGAAACGCCUAAGGGAGGAAGGCCAGUUCCUGAAGACGUACCAGCCGGAGCCGGGCGGCCCCAGGCCGGCCAGAGAGGCCUCGGUGGAGUACCUGCAGCAGAUGGCCCGGGCCCGCCUCUGUCUCGACAAGGCUGCCGAGCUCCUCUCCGAGCUCCAGGACGGCUCAGAGGUGGCGGAGGAGAAGCGUCGCUACCUGAAGCAGGUGGAGCUCUUCUGCGCGCGGGUCCAGAACGACUGGUACCGGGUGUACCUGGUGAGGAAGCUCGCCAGCCAGCAGGGGAUGGAGUUUGUGCAGAGUCUCUCCAGACGGGACCACCCGGCCCACUGGGUAUUUCCCAGGGAGCUCCUCGCACAGCAGGAGGAUGAUCUGGGCCAGAUGGACUGGUACCUGGUUCACGGGGACGACUACAAGGCUCUUCGCGACACGGUGGCCAAAGCCAUUCUCAAGGGCGAGCCUCUGGCUGUCCGGUCGGCUCUGAAGGCCUGCGGCAGCUCCGCCCCUCAGCAAGCCGUCUACCUGCUGCUGGCCCUUUUCAGAGAGGUCACGACCCUGUACAGGUCCCACAACGCAAACCUCCAUCCCAAGCCGCAGCAAUGCGAGGCUCUGAAGAAAGUCAUUGAGGAAACCCAGGCCCUGUCUGCUGACGCCAGAUCUUUUGCAACGUCCCUUGUGACGAAUGAGCUGCCCCUGCUGACGCCGGGCCCCGGGGACAGCAUCCUCGAGGGGACCGUGACCGAAAUGGCCGUUCACACUGCCGUCCUCCUUCUCUGCGGACAAAGCCAAGUCUUGGAGCCCCUGAGGAACCUGGCCUUCUCCCCACGGAACAUGGCGAAUGCCUUUCUUCCAACGAUGCCUGAGGACCUGCUGGCUCAAGCAAAGAAUUGGAUGAGGCUGGAAGGUGUCCGCUGGUACACAUGUCCCAACGGUCACGCGUGCUCUGUGGGAGAGUGUGGCAUGCCGAUGGAACAGAGCCAUUGCAUUGACUGUGGAGCGCCAGUCGGAGGGAUUAAUCACAAGCCGAACAGUGGAUUUCAUGUUAUCCAAAGCACCGAGGACAGGACGCAGACCGGCCACGUGCUGGGAAGCCCACCGCCCAGAGGCGCGGCCGUGGUGUCUGACCGGGAGCUGUCGCCCGCGGUCUUCCUGCUCCUCCGCCUCCUCACUCACCUGUCCAUGCUCUGGGGAGCGGCCCAGAGUGCCCAGGAGAUAAGCCACAUCAUCAAGCCUCCGGUGAGGGAUCCGAAGGCGUUCCUGCAGCAGCACAUCCAGAGGGACCUGGAGCAGCUCACGAGGGUGCUGGGCAAGAGUGCGGACGAGACCGUCAGCGUGGUCCACCUGGUCCUGGGCCGCCUCCUGGCAAAGCAGGGCUGCUGGGGGUCUUUAAAUUUUGACGCACAAUUGUCAACCAGAGAGAAGAGGAACAGCUGGGAAAAGCUUGUUGCGACUGUUAUUCUGCCCGAACUAGAGCAUCUCGAUAAAACCCUCCGGGCGGUGAACACUCGCCUCAGCCAAGACGAGCGCCUCGGCUCCAACCCUGUGGCCAAGAUCGUGUACGGUGACCCGGCAGCCUUCCUGCCCGGCCUGCCCCAGCAGGGCGUGGUCCACUGCUCCAGGAUGUGGAGCUGCAGGAAGAGGGUCACCGUGGAGCACCUCCAGCACAUCGUGGAGCAGAGAGACGGCAGAGAAACAGUGCCUGUCCUCUGGAAGUUCCUGCAGAAGGAAGCAGAGCUGAGACUGGUGAAGUUCUUGCCUGAGAUUCUGGCCCUGCAAAAGAAUCUGGUGAAACGAUUCCAGAAUGUUCCGGAAGUUGAAUACAGCUGCAUCAGAAGCUUCAUUAGCAGUCACAGUUCAGAUGGGCUGAAGCAGUUAUACCAAAACAGAAUCGCUACCUUUCUGUCGACGUGGAACAAGCUGAGGAGAUCCCUGGAGACCAAUGGGGAGAUCAAGCUGCCUGCAGGCUACUGCAGCUCCGACCUCGACCUGGACACGGACCUGGAGGUCAUCCUGCCGCGCCGCCAGGGCCUCGGCCUCUGCUCCACUGCCCUAGUCAGCUACCUCAUCAGCCUGCACAACGAGAUGGUGUACGCGGUGGAGAAGCUCUCCCAAGAGGACAGCAGCUACUCCGUGGACGCCUCCGAGGUUGCCGACGUGCACGUCGUCAGCUACGAGCCGGAGCGGGACCUGAUGCCCCUGAUCCUGUCCAACUGCCAGUACCACGUGGAGCAGGGCGGCGAGACCUCCCAGGAGUUUGACCUGGAGAAGAUCCAGCGCCAGGUCGUCAGCCGCUUCCUGCAGGGCAAGCCCAGGCUGACCCUCAAGGGGCUGCCCACUCUGGUGUUCAGACGAGACUGGAACUACGAGCAUCUCUUCAUGGAAAUCAGGAACAGGAUGCCCCAGCACCCCCUCCCCAACUCGGUCAUCGGCGCCAUCAGAGGACAGCUGCAGUCCUACAGCGACACCUGUGAGGCUCUGUCUGCCAUCGAGGUCGCCUUGGGGUUUCUGAGCACGGCUGGCGGGGAUCCGAACAUGCACUUGAAUGACUACAUCCAGAACAGGCUGGGGAUGGGCGACCAGGCCUUGCUGGUUUCACAGGCCUUAAACAGAUGCCAGUUAAGACACUCCAUUGCCCUCUGGCAGUUCCUCUCUGCCCACAAGUCCGAACUGCUGCUUCGACUGAAGAAAGAGCCAUUUGGGGAAAUUGGUCCGAGCUAUAAAGAGGACCUCUGCCCCCAAAACGCCAAGCUGCUCAGCACCUUCCUGAAUCAGGCCGGCCUGGAUGCUUUCCUCCUGGAGCUUCACGAAAUGAUGGUCUUGAAGCUGAAGAACCCCCGGUCUGCGAAGGAUUUCAACCCUCGGUGGAGCCUGAGAGACACGCUGGUCAGUUACAUGGAGACGAAAGGGAGCGACAUUCCUCCCGAAAUGGAGUCUCAGUUCCCAGAGGAGAUCCUGCUCUCCCACUGUGUCUCGGUGUGGAAGAAGGCUGCCGAGCUGAAAUGGAAUCGACACACGAGAUAGACCCGCGCCCCGUCCCUCCUCACCAGUGGGCUGGGCUCCGCCGUGGGCUUUAGAAGGACCGCCGUCGGCGCAGGCGCUGCAUUCGAGGCCAGGGUGCGCCGUGCUGGCUGUGUCAGGAGCGUGCACACUCUGGAAACCUCUCUCCAUCUUCUGAGUGCCGCUCCCUGGGCGUGAGAGCUGAAGAGUGCAUGGAGCUGGAAUAAGCCAUCAUCCUUUGCAUCCAGGAGACACCGCCCGGGAGCCCCUUAGCUGCGCGCCCAGGAAGUGCGUCCCAGGCGUCCCAGCCUCUCAGCGCGCGCUCCGCCACCGGGCCUUCCUGCUCAGACCGUUGCUGUGGUGGUGAGAGGGCGGGAGAAGGGUCCGUGAUUUCGCCUUUUCUUUUUUCUUAUUCUGCACUCGCGGAAGAAAGUCUGGCUUUCUUUUUUCCACCCUUUUAACUUCCGAGCAGGGCACGGAUAUUUCUAGGUUUUCAAGAGGAUGUGACAAAGUGCCAGGCUUUUUUUUUUUUUUUUUUUGCUUUCUCACAAAUACAAGACAAACCAGGGCAUUCUGUGAGUGCCUUGAGGCCAAACGAGCCAGCCUUCCCCCAGCACCCACUGGAGUCGCAGCCAGAGGUCAAGGGUCAGUGCCCAAAAGCUCUCCCUGCAAAGAGCGCUGGGCCCAGAGUCAAGGACUCUUGGGUGUGCUAGCUUCCUCCUGUGUGAAAUGGGGGGGCCGGAUUGAAGGCCAGAUUCCCUUCUGGGUUUAGUCAGUUCUAAGUAAAGUUGACCAGUGUGAACUGGCCAUCCCCGCUGUGGUUCUGGCAUUUCUGGGGGACCUUUUUGCCUCUAACAUUCUGCCAAGCAAGCGUGCGCCUGUGGCAUGGUCCCAAUUCUGCCGCCCCCCCCCCCCCCCCAGCGCGUGCCGCUCUCUUUGGGUCUCAGCCAAGGAAUAAAACAGACCUGGAGAGAAUACAAAACCAGUUAAGUUUCUGAAGGAGGAAAAAUGAAUGGUCAGCUUAUUACCCCGAUCUCAUGCUGCUUUUCUCAUUCCGAGUGUGGUGUCUUUUCUUCAAAAUCUACUCGAUGCUUCUGACCUCCCGGAACAAAUUCCUGCUUCUGCGAAGCUCAGCCCCUGUUAGCACAAGUCGGCAGAAAUGCGUUUCAUACGCAUUCCAAAUGAGCUCAUGGUCCAGUCAGCCUGAAACUGGGCCCAUGGGGUGCUGAGAGCUACAGAAGUAGAAAUGCUUGCCAAGGACACCAUGGGCCCCUUGGACACCGCUGGAGGGAGCCACGGAGAAGCCACACCCCAGCCUCCUCAUCAAGGCUCCUCUGAGUCCUGUUUGAUGAAGGCGAACACAGGGAGCCAGGAUCUGAUACACCACCACCUGCUCUCAGUGCCCGAUUGCAGAGUCAUUCUGUGCAGAGCACCCCCCCCCCCGACAUCCGCCCCCUGGGGGGCCCUCUAGUGGGUGUGGGAGUGGGGGCUGCUUGUUGGUCACUUCAGUUUGCCCUGGGAACGCCUGUGAUGCCUCAGCGUUGGGAUGGAGCUGGCCGGCCUGUCAGGACCUCCUUGUAAGGGGAGUGAUUUUUUUCCCCUACUGUGAUGAAGGUGUUCUUUUGGUUGGUUUGUUUGAUGAAGGUGUUUUGUGUGCUCUGCCUUCAAAGCGCUGACAGUCACACUUGGCAUUAUCUUACUCUCGGUACGGAGCCCCAGCAGGUGCGGACUCAAUUCUGUUUGUCAUUCCUGUUUUAAUAAACUUGAAUUUUGCUCUAAA